GCUCUCUACUUCCACGCUGGGCUCAGCCUGUCCCUUCAAGCAGACCACUUCUUGUUCUUACGACACCGCAUACGACAAGUCCCGAACAUAUCCCCGGUCUCCUCUGGGUCGUCCCACCUACCGUGACCUUGUGCAGACAUGGCCACGUCGGAUACUGAAAAGCGCGACGUGCCACCCAAUGAACAGAACAUCACCACUCAGGAGGGUGGUCAACUGCAACAGGUCAAGACGCGUAGUACUGCUCCUCCGCGACCUAUCAGUGUGCAAGAACCCAAUGAACCGUACAGCGUAUACACGCGAGGUCAGAAAUGGGCCAUAGUCUCCCUGAUCUCGCUAGGUGGUCUGUUCAGCCCCCUCAGCGCCAACAUAUACUUCCCCGCAAUUCCAACGUUGGCAGAUGACUUUCACAAGUCACUCGAGCUUAUCAACUUGACGGUCACCAUGUACAUGAUCUUCCAAGGCCUGUCGCCCACAUUCUGGGGCACCAUGGCCGACCGCUACGGCCGGAGGAUGAUGUUUGCCGCCUGCCUCAUCCUCCUCUCGCUAUCGUGCGUCGGUCUCGCGCUAACGCCGACAAACGCCUACUGGCUGCUCAUGGUGCUGCGCUGCGUACAAGCAGCGGGGUCAGCGAGCACCAUAGCGUUGUCGGCGGGCGUGGUUGUCGAUAUCGCGGACGUGCAUGAGAGGGGAGGCUUCUUUGGAGUGGCUAAUUUGGGGCCAAUGGUGGGUCCCGCGAUAGGUCCCGUACUAGGUGGCGCGCUUAGUGGGGGUCUCGGUUGGAGAUCCAUCUUCUGGUUCCUCUGCAUUGCAUCUGGGGCUUGCGCCCUCGUUAUCCUCCUCUUCCUCCCCGAAACCCUCCGCGCCCUCGUCGGCGAUGGCCGCUACCGCGCUCCCCACUACGCCCGCCCCUGGCUCCCCUUCCUCUACCGCGGCACCGACUCCGCCCGCCUCUCCGGCCCGCGCCCCAAGUUCCGCAACCCCCUUCGCCUCCUCCUCCAGCCCGACAUCCUCGUCCUCCUCCUCUGCAACUCGAUGAUCAACUCCAUCCUAUACGCCGCGACGACGAGUACGGCCAAUCUGUUCCCGGAUAUCUACCCGUAUUUGGGGGAUACGACGCUGGGGUUGUGCUUCUUGACGAUUGGGGGCGGGAUGGCGAUUGGGACGGUGCUGGUGGGAAGGGUACUCGAUGCGGAUUAUGCGAGGUAUGAGAGGAAGGUGGAGAAGAAGGCGAGGUUGGAGGGGAGGGAGGCGGGGUCGGGUCAGUUUCCGAUUGAGAAGGCCCGCUUGCGACUGGUCGUGCCGACCUUCAUCAUUCUCAUCAUCGUCACUGUCGGCCUGGGCUGGUGCUAUGAGGCGCGCACGCAUAUUGCGGCACCGCUCAUCCUGCUCUUCCUCAAUGGGAUGAUGACCAUUGCCCUCAUGAACAUGACACAGACGCUCAUCGUCGACCUGAUGCCCAAGCAGGGCGCCUCCAUCACUGCUUGUAACAACCUGCUUCGCUGCCUCAUCGCAGCGGGCUUUGUGUCUGUUCUUGCCCUCAUGUUCGAUAGCAUGGGUCCCGGCUGGACCUUCGUCCUCAUCGACGGCAUCGCCGUUCUCUUCUACCUUCCCGGGAUGCUCUACGUCUUGAAGGUCGGGCCCAAGCGGCGCCUCAUGCGUGCAAGCGCGUGAACGAAACAAAAGACACUCGACGAUUGCACGAUAGCCAUGGGAACGGACUUUACGAGACGUCAACGCGUCAACUGGG